GCGUUCGCAGCUACAGAACGGUGAGCCAUAUAGCGGACGAGACAACAAAUUCAGUUCAGUCUCUUGUGAGAAUCCAACAGACAAUAAAGUGUAUUUUUUACGAUUUUUAGCAUUUUCGCACACAACUACUAUAUACUUUUCGCAUUUAACGAAUGGUGUAUUAAGAACAAAAUUUUUCAGUUCAUUUAAACAAAAAAAAAAGGAACAAGUUUAAGACAAGUAAAAACAGUGUGAAUGCAUGCUGGUUCCAAAAAGGUAUAUUUACGCCUAUAAACAUAUAAAAAUAUAGAGAAGGCAUAUAUAUGCAUAUAUUUUUUACAAAAGUCAACAAACGCCCUCGACAAGCACAUUGGUUAAGAAGAAAAAAGUGUCAAGUGUACAAAUAGUAGUAGUUCAACGCCAAUUUAUGUCCACGGAAGUGACCUCAAAUUUACAGCGAUUUCAAUACGAAAGUAACUACGAAUCCAACUUUGGUUAGCAUUUUACUUGGAGAAAUAAAUUCGCACAAUUUCUACGAACAUAGCAGAAAUUGUUUGUUUCAAAUCUAUACAAAAACAACGACGAAAAGUACAACGAAUACGUAGAAGUGUUCGCAAGACUAUUGGAGCCAAAACAACUCGUUGAAAUCAACAUCAAGUCUAAAAGCCGAGUGCACGAAGCGUACAUUAUAGUAAAACAUUAACAUGGAUGUAUGGGGUGUUUUUGUUGGUGAUUCGACUAUGUCGUACGGUGGGUCAGUACGCGGCACCUACUACCGCGACUAUGAGCAGUUUCCUUAUGGUUCGUUGGAACAUGGCUCGAGUCCACCAUCUAAGGAUUCCUACAGCAAGGUUCAAGAAAAAUGCAGACAAGUGAAAUCAGUAAAGGCGCAAAAGAAAGAGUGCCCAUUCUGCAAGGAACAAAAAAAGCGGCCACUCACUAAUUACAUGCGCAAACGCGAGUCUCGCAAGCACCACGAUAGCAUUUGCGAGGAACAUGAGGAAGAAAAUGAGGAAGAGGCUGAGGAAGAGGAGGAGUUGCAGGCGGUGACCAUAAAGGAGGCGGCAAAUUCACCAUUGCAGCAAUACGCCAGCACACAAAAGUCAAACAUCGACAGUUUGAACUACAGCGCAAAAUAAAAUAAAAGUUCCGGAUAUUUACGACGUGCUACAGUAGACCUUUUUCUCUAAAGGACAUGGAAAAAAGAAAUUUGCGAUUUACAAUAUUAUAAAUAAUUCAUUAUAUACUAUGAAUUUAAAGACGAUUUUUCUAUAAAUGCAUUUCAACGCGUGUAUGUAUAUAUGUAUGUAUUUAGGAGCUUCUAUAGCACAACAUCAAUGACACUACCAUUUUCCGUAUUUUCUAUACAUACAUAUACAUAUGUACAAGAAUAUGAAAAUUAAACAAGGAAUAAUCACAAUAAUGUUAAAGUAGUAAAAUAAUUAAUAUAUAUUAAUAUUCAUUACCUUACGUUCGAGUACGUGUAACUGCAACAAAAACAAGUAACACACAGAUGUAUGCAUUUCUUUUUACAAUCGUAUGUUUUUUGCAUAUUUGCAUCCUACUGAGAAAAAAAUGGAUUUUUUUUUAUAUUUACUAUAUAUAUUAUUAUUAUAUGAAUACCAGAAUAUAAUAAACAUUAAUAAUUGUAGGAGAGAGACUGAAUCAGGCAAGUCAAUGUUUUCAAUAUAAACGAAAUAAUUUAUCAUUUUUAUUACUAAAACCUUCCAAAUCAAGAUUGUUUACUAUAAAAAAAAAAUUAAAUAAAAAAUGUAAAAAUAAUAAAAAAACGACAAUUUACAAAGAAAAAAAUGCAUAGACGCAAUAUAUUUUGGAGAGGCGUUAGAUCUGUCUAUAUUAGACAACACAUGUAAAUAAGUACAUGAUAUAUUAUGUGCAUAUGCCAACUGUAUUGAUAUGGCUUCUUGUUAUUGAUUAUGUUUGUGUACAAUUUGUAGCUUUGAUAGUUAACAUAUUGAAAGAAAACGACAACUAAAAUAUAAAUGUUGUAUCUGUAAGUUGAUUAUGUAAUUAUAUAGUAUGAACAAAUCAAAUACGAAUAAUAUUAAUAUUAAUUGAAUAAGAUAAAACUGGUA